AUGACUGAAAAGGAGAAACUAUUUAAAACUCUAAUCACACACUUGAUGCUAGUUUAUACAUUUCUAGAGCGGUGGUUUAACAGGCGCGCACCAGAACGCACCACCGGCUCUGUUGCUCUUUGUCAUCACUGGAUCUAAACUCCACCACCUUCCUAUUGCGCUACAACAGGCAACACAGAGAGGCAUUUUAUAUUUCCAGGAAGCUUUUAAUUACACCACACUCUUCUGUGACUGAGAAAUGAAUCAUAAAGCCCUUUUACUGUGGAUUUUCCUGCAGUGUGCCUCUGCGCUCUUCUCAUCUGCUCUUGGGGAAAACGCUGCUCUUCAAGGUGUAAACAGUGGAUUGGAAGAAUCGUCAACAGACGACAAGGGUCACAAUGGCAUCGUCAAAUACAACAUGAGAAAGAGUUUGGACCUGGAACAUGAGGGCUGUUACCUUCAGGCCGGCAAGAAGGAGUGUCUAGCAGAGUGUGGCUUCAAUGCUACAUCCAAGACCAUCUUCAUCAUCCACGGCUGGACUAUGAGUGGAAUGUUCGAAAACUGGAUGCACAAGCUGGUGUCUGCAGUGAUGCAGCGGGAAACGGAGGCCAACGUGGUGGUUGUAGAUUGGAUAUCAAUGGCCCAGCAGUUGUACCCCGACGCGGUCAACCACACCCACACCGUUGGCCUUGAUAUCGCAGCCUUGAUCAACUGGCUCCAGGACGAGCUGCAGCUUCCUUUGGAGAAAGUUCACCUGAUUGGCUACAGUUUAGGCGCUCAUGUCGCCGGCUAUGCGGGAACGUUCGUGCGAGGGAACAUCGGCAGAAUCACUGGUCUAGACCCAGCAGGACCAAUGUUUGAGGGUGUAGAGGAACAGAAGCGUCUCUCCCCUGAUGAUGCUGACUUUGUUGAUGUUCUGCACACAUACACUCGAGAAGCUUUGGGUGUCAGCAUCGGGAUCCAGCAGCCAAUUGGUGACAUUGAUAUCUAUCCCAAUGGUGGUGAUGUGCAGCCCGGCUGUGGUCUGGGUGACGUGCUGGCAGUGGCUGGAAAUUUCAUGGAGGCAGUGAAGUGCGAGCAUGAGCGUGCAGUGCACUUGUUUGUGGACUCCCUAAUGAACAAGGACCACAUGAGCUUUGCCUUCCAGUGCACUGGCCCCGAUCGCUUCAAGAAGGGCAUCUGCCUCAGCUGCCGUAAAAAUCGCUGCAACAACAUCGGCUACAACACAAGAAAAAUGCGAAAGAGGCGCAACAGUAAAAUGUACCUGAAGACACGUGCUGACACUCCCUUUGGAGGCUACCACUACCAGAUGAAGAUGCAUGUGUUCAACAGAAAACGGGCAGAUGAUUCAGAUCCCACCUUCUACGUCCAGUUAUAUGGAGCCCACAAUGACACCACAAACCUAUUUGUUGAUGUCCAUGAUACCAACACAAUAGGACUGAACCUGACCAACACCUUCUUGGUGUUUACUGAGUCGGAUAUCGGUGACCUGCUAAAGAUCCGUCUAAGCUGGGAAGGAGAUUCUGAAUCCUGGAACUCUCUCUGGAAGUCAUUUAAGAAAACCUUCUGGGCCUGGAACCCUAAACCUCCCAAACCUGUACUAGAGGUCCGUCGUAUUCGUGUGAAAGCUGGAGAAACUCAAAAGAAGUUUACAUUCUGUGCCCAAGACCCUUCAAAAACUGAAAUCUCACCAGGGGACUCUGUUACUUUUGUGAAAUGUCGUGAUGGCUGGGAAGUGAAACCAAGAAAACGGCUGGCCAUGUAACGACUCCACACUCCAACAAUCAAAGCACCAUAACCAUGGGGGACCCAACAUGGAUUGGAGAAGAACGACCUUCUCUUUAUUUGAGCACUUUUUCGUAGGAGGAGGAUUGAUCAGCACACGGUGAAGGGGGCUUGACUGGACUCAAAACUCUACCUGGAAGGUUUCUGUUGAUUUCUGAAAACAAGGACUCUCGGGUCUGUUCAGCCUAUUAAGGCGGCUGGAAAAUGAGACUCAUCAAUGAAUCGGGAGGCAGUCCUAAAAUGUGUUGAGAUUGCCGGCGGAGCUGCAGAACGUUCCUUUUGUGUGGACUAGUUUGAUAGAAAACAGAUCUGUGCCAGUGGAUAUACACCAGCAAAUGUAGUCGCUGUACUGUACAUUUUUAAAUAUCUUUUAUUUAUGAAAAAAUGGAAGCACUGCAAAGACCAACUUUAUUUAUCAGAGCACAUCCCAUAAUGAAGCAUGUAUUGAAUGCAUUUCUCCUAGAUGCAGUAUUCUUGUGUGUAUGUUGUGUGUGGUAAAUGCGUGCGUGUGUUUGUUUGUUUGUGCUUGUUGUGACCAAGACGUGUGCCUUUCUGCUGAGAGAUUACUGAUACACUGUAUAACUGAAGGAGAUUCCUGAUCUCAUUGCACAGAGUCUGAGGUUUUGUGCAAAGUGUUACUGUUACUGUAUGUCGCUUAUUUUGGGUGUGUGUAUAUGUGUAUAUACUGUAAAUAACUUUUUGGAAAAAUAAAUUCACGUUAUUUGUAGAAA